UACUAUCGAUAUGAAAAAAAUCGAUGCGUGAGCGUACACCACGUCAGCACGUUUGGCUCGUUUACCGGGAGAGAACGUCAGAAUCCGCACUUCAUCUCUUUCUGUUUCAGACCGGCGACCGAUUUCAACGUACUCUUGAGAUCUGCGCAACGCUAAUUGCUCCGUCAAACAAAUCACCAACCUAGACGAGAGAUUUCUGUCAAGAUGAAAUUCCUAUUGCUGUUAGCGUUUGCCGUCUUGGUGAGAACUGAUGAAAUAAAAAAGGACCAAGGAGUGUUGGUCUUGGAGAAAGACACAUUCCAGGCUGCCAUCACUGAUAACAAGUUCAUCCUUGUUGAAUUUUAUGCCCCAUGGUGUGGCCACUGCAAGUCUCUGGAACCGGAAUAUAUCAAGGCCGCCCAGAAACUGAGAGAUAUCAACUCAGACAUUCAGCUUGGAAAGGUUGAUGCCACCGAACAGACCGAGUUGGCUGAAGAAAACAAGAUUCGUGGAUACCCUACUCUCAAAUUCUACCGAGAUGGAAAGCCAUCAGACUACAAUGGUGGUCGUACCGCUGACGAAAUUGUCAACUGGUUGUUGAAGAAGACUGGCCCUGCUGCCAAAGCCAUCGCAACCGUCGAUGAAGCCAAGGAGUUCGCCUCAGCCAGCGACGUUGUCGUUCUCGGUUUUUUCAAGGAUCUCGAAUCUGAGGCUGCCAAGCAAUACCUCGCCGCUGCCCGAGAAGUCGAUGAUUUCCGUUUCGGUAUCACCGCUGAUGCUGAUGUCCUCAAGGAGUACGAAGUCACAUCUGACGCUGCCGUCUUGCUCCUGAAGAAAUUUGACACUCCCAAGGUUGCCUUCGAGGGUGAAAUCACCUCUGAAGCCAUCGUCAAAUUCGUCAAGACCGAAUCUUUGCCUUUGGUCAUUGAAUUCAAUCACGAAAGCGCACAAAAGAUCUUUGGCGGAGAGAUCAAGAACCACUUGCUUGUAUUUGUUGGCAAGAGCCACGCUGAUGUUGAGAAAAUCACCGGAGCUGCCCGUGAUGUGGCUAAGCAGUUUAAGGGCAAGGUUUUGUUCGUCACCGUUGACACCGACGAAGAGGACCACCAACGUAUCCUCGAAUUCUUCGGCAUGAAGAAGGCCGAACUCCCAGCCAUGCGUCUUAUCCAUUUGGAAGAAGAGAUGACUAAAUACAAGCCUACUGCUGAGGAACUCACUGCCGACUCCAUGAAGGAUUUCGUUCAAGACUUUAUCGAUGGCAAAGUCAAGCCCCAUUUGCUCUCUGAGGAUGUUCCCGAGGAUUGGGACAAGAACCCCGUUAAGGUCCUCGUCUCCAAGAACUUUGAUGAUGUUGCCUUCGACAAGGAGAAGGACGUUUUGGUUGAAUUCUACGCUCCCUGGUGCGGACACUGCAAGCAGUUGGUCCCCAUUUACGAUGAACUGGGCGAAAAGUACAAGGAUCAUGAAAGCAUCGUUAUUGCCAAAAUGGAUUCCACUACCAACGAGUUGGAGCACACGAAAAUCCAGAGCUUCCCAACAAUUAAACUGUACCAGAAGGGAGACAACAAGGUUGUCGAGUAUAAUGGUGAGCGAACUUUGGCCGGCUUGAGCAAGUUUUUGGAAACCGGUGGUACUUACGGCCAAGCCGCUCCCGAAGAGGAGGACGAAGAAGAAGAGAAAGAUGUUCCAGCCAAGGAUGAAUUAUAAGUUGUAUUUGGUUUUAAAUCACUACUUGGGGAAAGGGUGCUGGCUUUGUUCUGUUGCAAUGUUUUCUUUAAUGUACGUGAUUAACAAACACCUUAAAAAAACGAAAAAAAAUCUGUUUUUCCCUUUCUUUAAUCAUUGAAAGGGGAUAUUUCAUUUCCAGAUGUUUAACAAAAUACUUAAUCACUUGCAAAUCUAACUUUCCUGGUAUACAUGAAUCAUGUUUUGGUUGGACAAGAAAUAUUUUCAUCGAUAAAAUUCCCGAGUGCAGUCCCAUCGUUUUCUUUUCUGGCUGACGCUCAUGUAUUGAUCGGACGUAAGUGCAAUUAUAAAAGAAGCCCAUGCGUCUCUCAUCCUAUUUCCAACAGUGAAAGAGUUGAAUGAAUUACACGAUGUAACAAAACAA